AUGCCUAUGAGCAAACUGGAAACCAUAUAUAACUACUGGACAUGGGAGCUGAGGCGUCAUGUGCAGAAAUUACAGGACCAGCUGAUCAACCAGAUUCAGAAUGGAAAAAUCCAGACAUUUGAAACAUAUACCUUGGAGGCUCCAGUUACACAGAUAUAUAAAGCCAUCAAGCAAAAACUUGAAAAAUAUUUUAAUGAAGACCCGGAUAGUGAAGUACUGGUUCAGUGGAAAGGAAAUUUCGAAAAUAAACUAAUAACCCUUAGAGAGGCACUAAUUUUAGAUGGCCAAAGAAAAGUCAAAGAACUUUUUAGUUUCAAAAAAAAAUCAAGAAAAACUGGAUAA